AUGAGGAUUCUCAUGUUUAACAUGCUUCUGCUCUUUUCAAAUUUAUUCACAAUUAUGCAUGCAUUGGGUCAGUGUCUUCCUGAUCAAAAGUCUGUGCUUCUCCAGAUACGAACUGAAAUCACUUACAAUUCUUCGGAAUCCACCAAGUUGGUGCUGUGGGAUGAAGGAGCUGACUGCUGCCGAUGGCCAGGUCUGAGUUGCAAUGCUGCUGGAUAUAUUACUACUCUUGACCUCAGCGAUGAUUACUCAAUCAGGGGUGGCUUCAAUGUUUCUCUCUUGUAUAAACUGCCAUCACUUUCUGUUAUUAUGCUUGAUUGGGUCAAGUUCUCUGCUCCAUUUCCAGACUUCUUCACGGAUUUCACCAAUCUCACUGUUUUGAGCCUUUCGUAUUGCAACUUCAGUGGAACAGUCCCUCACAAACUAUUCCAGGUACCAACUCUGCAAACCAUUGACUUAAGUUCCAAUGGCAUGCUUGGGGGUUCUUUGCCAGACUUCCCGGAAAAUGGAUCUCUCAAGAGCCUCACACUUCGGGGGACAAUGUUUUCUGGGAAUUUACCCGAGUCCAUAGGAAACCUCAGACUGCUGUCCCAUAUUGACCUUACAGAUUGCUAUUUUAGUGGACCAAUCCCUGCUUCUAUUAUAAAGCUUAGCAAGCUUGUUGAGCUGAGCUUGUCCGGAAAUUCAUUUUCAGGACCCAUUCCAGCAUCACUAUUUUUCCUGCCAUCACUUCAAACCUUAUCUCUGGAUGAAAACAAGUUUUCUGGUCAUAUGAAUGAAUUACGAAAUGUGACUUCUCCACUUGAAUCUCUUGAUUUGACAGACAACAACUUGGAAGGGACAAUACCUUCAUUCUUCUUUCGACUUCAAAACCUUACAUCACUAUAUCUUUCAUCACACAAAUUUUUUGGUCAAAUGAUUGAUUUGCAAAAUGUGACUUCUCCAUUGCAAUAUCUUGAUUUAAGUAGCAAUGACUUUGAAGGGACAAUACAUCCAUUCUUAUUUCAACUUCAGAAUCUUACAAUGCUCGAUCUUUCAUCAAACAAAUUUAACGGUAUUGUACAUCUAACAAAUUUUAAAAGCCAGUAUAUUGACACUCUUGACUUUUCCAAUAACAAUUUGGUAAUUGAGACAACCAUAAGCACAUCUGAACUUCACUUACUCCCUCAGUUUGGAGUGUUAAAUUUGGACUCCUGCAAUUUGCAAAAAAUUCCUUAUUUUUUGAAAAGCCAAUCUAAAUUGCGGGGGUUAGAUCUUUCCAAGAACACUAUUAGUGGAGAAAUUCCUAACUGGAUAUGGGGAAUUGGUAAUGGGCAACUCUCUUACCUCAAUCUUUCUCACAAUCGUUUGACGCAUAUGAAAGAGCCAAUGGAAUACGCUUCUCUUCAAUCAGGGCCGGGCGUAGAUCACACGGCUUUAUACGUUAAUUCAUCCUUUUUGUUUCUGUUUGACUGA